AUGUCCUUCAGUUCCAUCUUCUCUGAAAAGAGACAUUCUAAAGAAUCAUCGUCUUCCAUUUCAUCCGGUCAUUCCAUUCUUCCGAAGUCGUUGGUCGAUUAUAUCCACUCUGUUACCAAUCAUUCUCCUGGUUACCCUACCGUUCCUUUCCAAGUUGUCUCAGAUCUCCACUUGGAACUCACAGAUACAGUCCACGGGAAUCGCGGAUACUUUGAGUAUAACAUCGCGCAAAAUUGCCCAUAUUUGAUCCUUGCUGGAGAUAUCGGGACUCUCAACCAGCCAGACAACUACCUUGCCUUCCUACGCCGCCAUUGCGAGGCUUUCGAAAAGGUAUUCCUUGUCCUCGGAAACCAUGAGUUUUACGGUACAUCCCGUCGUGAGGGGCUCGCCACCCUCAAAUCGUUCUUCCAAGAUCCCGUGAUUGCCGAGAAAUUGGUUGUCUUGAACCGUAAUCGGUAUGAUAUACCAGGCACCAAACUCACGGUUUUGGGUUGUACCCUUCAAUCGGAGAUCCGACCGGAACAGCGGUCUCUUAUCGAAAGUAAACUAAAUGAUUUCCGUGUCAUCAAAGACUGGAAGGUCGAUGAUCACAAUGCGGAGCAUUCGAUCGAUAUUGCAUGGUUACGCGAUCAGAUUGAAGAAAUCGCGGAGACCGAGCCUGACCGGAGGAUAUUUGUUGCGACCCAUCAUGCGCCGAGUUUCAAGAAAACAAGCGCACCUCAACAUGAGGACUCCCCACUCAAUUCGGCGUUCUGUACGGGGAUAUUGGAGGGUGGCGCUUAUAGGGGUUGGAAGGGUAAAGAUAUGAUAAAGGCCUGGGUGUUCGGCCAUACGCACUGGUGCUGCGAUUUGAUGAUUAGCGGAGUCAGGGUUGUUAGUAAUCAGAGGGGUUAUUGGUAUGAAAAUACCGUUAGGGCUGACUAUAAAGAGGAUCUGGUACUGGAGGUAUAA